CAGUUGUCUGAGUGCACUCUGCCAUUUCCGUUUCUAGCCAGCCGGUGGUGUCACUCAACAACCGUGGAGACUUCAAAUCACUUUAAAUAAUACCUCACACUACUGAAUAGGGGUUUCAUUAGAAAAAAGCUGUCCUGCUGUUUUAUUCUGAUGGUCAGCCAUGGAUGAAGAUGACAGCCAAGAUGAGCUGAUCAACUGCAGUACAUCCCACAGCAAAGGAAAAAGGGCUGCCUUGUGGGCCAUCUCAGAUGACUCUGACAAUGUUGAAGAGGAGUCUGUGGAGGAAGAAACUGACAGUGGGGAGGAAGAAGAGGUGGAUCAUGUAGAUGGAGAAGAAGAAGAGGAGGAGGAGGAGGAUGAUGAGGAGGAGGAGGAAGAGGAGGAUGAUGAGGAAGAGGAGGGAGAUGCUAAGGCUGAGGAUGGAGCUUUUGGGAUAACCUCUGCCGACGUUGCAGGGAUGAGCUCGGACGAGGACACGGAGAAGUGUCCCAUCUGCCUUAACUCAUUCAGCAGCCAGCCUGUUGCAACACCAGAGAACUGCAAGCACUACUUCUGUCUCGACUGCAUCCUUGCGUGGGCCAAGAAUGCAAACUCGUGCCCUGUAGAUCGUAUGGCCUUCAACAGCAUAUACCUAAGGAAAUGUUAUGGAGGCAAAGUGAAAAAAAUGAUCACAGUACAAAAGCCUGCAAAGGAAGAUCAAGAGGAAACAGUAAAUUUGGACCUGGAGCAGACCAGCUGUGAGGUGUGUGGGGGCACUGACCGUGAGGACCGCCUCCUGCUCUGCGAUGGCUGUGAUGCUGGGUAUCACAUGGAGUGUCUCACACCACCUCUUGACUCUGUUCCGGUGGAGGAAUGGUUCUGCCCUGAGUGUGAAGCCAACAACCGUCACUCAAGGGGUUCAGCUGAAGAACUUAGUGAUACAGAGAGCCUACCUUCUACUGCCCGUCCUGCCACCAGCCGCCUACAGUCCGGCGCUGCAGGUCCCACCAGAGCUAUUGCCCGAACUCAGCAGAGUGAGAGGGUUCGAGCUAAUGUUAACCGGCAUCGGAUCACACAGGCACGGACAUCACAGUUGGCUCCCACGUAUAUGAUUCAGUCCACUUGGCUUGAUGAGACUAUUAAUGCUGUGGUGGCUGGGCUCAAUUCGGCUGUGUAUAUACGGGACUUAACACCACGUGUCCCAUCUAGCCGCAGGCGCAAGACCAGAAAGCGCAGAAAAGUUAGAAGCAAGAAGACAUCUUCCGCCAAGGGUAAAAACGGUAAAUUAGCAAGUACAGGAGUCAAGAGGAGGAAGCGGAGAGUGAGAAAGACUAAAUCCAGAAAAAAACUGAUGUUGAAAAAGGCCGCCACUCCUCGAAGCCGUAUUGCUAGUAAUCUUAGAAUUGUAAAGGACAAGAAGAGCUCUUCGCUUCCUACAGUAUAUCGGCCGUCAGAGCACACGCUAAGCAGCAUGCGCGCUGACAUAGGUGCAGCAUCCCUCUCUAUCUAUGGAGAUCCAUUUGACCUGGAUCCAUUUGUGGAUCGUCAGGAGGAAGAGCAGCAGGCCCACAUUACGUCGCUGUUGGAAGCCAAGAGACGGGGGAUCUCUCGCUCUGCUCUUCGCUCUCACCAGCCUGUAGCUCGACCAGUCACUGCAAGCCUAUCCGGGAGAGGAAUGGAUGUACCCCAAUCAAGGAGUGUUUUUGAGGCGGCUCCUGUGCCCGACCUCCUGGGCAGCAUCCUAUCGGGACAGAGCGUCCUCUUGAUGGACAGCUCUGAUGUUGUCAUUAAUAGAGAUGGUUCCCUUAAAGCUACAAAGCCAAUGAUGCCAUCUGUGUCAAACCGAGGUUGCAGCAAUAGCAGUAGCUCGGGAGAAGCCAGCACCCAGAUCAGCCCAGUGAUGUCACCCAGCCAAGGAGACAGGUCUCCGUCUCGCCACAACAACGGAGACCUACCAGGAUCCUCCCAUAGCUCGAUAAACAGACCUGUCUCCCAGAGCUCUUCUUGUUUACAACCCUACAUGCCCUCCUCAGCCAGCAACAUCCAACCAUCUUUCCAUUCUGAUAUACCACCCCAAGGCCAUCCAAGUUUGCAGCCAACACGUCCAGUCAGACCCACGCACCCACCUGGUCACCAGAGAACCAAUGGAGUAAGAGCUCCCAGUCUCUCCUCAUCCACCAACCUCUCCCCAGACUCUAGCUCCAAGAGCAGGGGAAUGACCUCAUCACAGUCCAAAAAAGCACCUACAAAGCCCAUGUGGGUAGAUGUGUCAGUGCUUCCUAGGAUACCAAAAAUAAGAAGGGACAGCAGUGGUAUUACGAAGGAUGGCACUAGUCAAGAUGGCAGUAAUCACAGCAGCAGCAGCAGUAGUAGUAGUAGGGGAAAUAGUAGUAAUUCUACCACUGGUAGUAAUGGUUGUGUCCCUCCAGUAACAGGCAUGAACAGCCUGGCUGGGGACCAGGGAAGGCAGCAAAGUGUAGACCAGCAGAAGAGCAGGGCUGACGGUCAGGCCCAGAGGCAGAGGCCUGUCGGAGCCAGCUCGUCUUCAGCCUUCUCAAACUCAUUCUCCUCUUCCUCCUCCACUGGUUCUUCUGCUAGCCAGCCACAUUAUUCCUCAUCUUCUUCAUCUUCAUCAGCAGCAGUGAGCUUCCGCAUCUCUGGGAACUCCUGGCAGUCAAGGCGGCUAAGCAGCUUGUCAUCCUCGGCUGCUAGAGGCAGCACACAGACACCCCGGAGAGAAAAGGAAGAUGAAGCAAAAAAGAGACAGCUGCACAGGGAUAAACAGAUGCUCUUGGCAUCACGUACGCUUCUCAAUAAAGACCAAGACCGUGAUAAUAUCUACGAUCCCUAUAAUCCCACCCUGUCAGAGUCUAGCAGCUCAGAUGAUGAAGCUGAGAGUACAAGCUCGAGGAGCACAAGUUUAGGAAACAAGAAGGGUUUAGUGCAGAGCAAGCAUGACCGGGUUCCUGUAAAAAUUGAAACAUUGGAGAUUGAGGUCUCACAGGAAAUUCCAGGGAGAGCUAGUUCUCAGGAAACGACAUCAUCGGAAGUCAGAUUUUCAGAGGAGUAUGUCAAGGUAGAAAAAGAAUCUAGAUUAGCAGACACUAAGACUGAGAAACAAACAUUGUUACAAGACACUGAAGUUAAGAAAGAGCCUGGGUUAGAUAAUGCAGGGGAAGGUCAAAGGUUUGGUCACAGUGUCAAACGUUUGAAGUCCGAGACAGCAGACACCACGCCACCUGUUCCACACAGCCUGGAUCUUUUAAAGACUGAAAGGGGGACUCUCAAGGAGGAGACUGGACAGAGUGUUGGCCCUUUAAACAGUGAUCCCCUUGACUGUAGGAAUGAAUCAUCAGCAUCUAACUCUGCUCCCACCAAGAAAAAAGAAACCAAAUCAGAUUCAAAGUCCUCUCCGAAGUCAAUUGAUUUGGGCCGUAAGAAGAAGGCCUUCCAAGCUUCGAAGGAGAGACGGUCUAGAAGUUCAGAGACAGACCGAGGCAGGAGAGAAGGCCGUCACGCUUCAGGCCAGGAAGGCCGACAGAAAGAAAGCGAGAAGGACAGAGAUACGAGUUCAAGGCGGUCAAGGUCCAGAGAGAGGAGAAGGGCACACUCAGUCUCAGAAAGCUCUCAGUCCGGUUCCCCUGAUAGGACUCGCGGAAAGAGACGUCGGUCCCGAUCCCGAUCCAAAGACAGGAGGCGAUCUAGGUCUGGUUCCGGCUCUAACAGCAAAGAGCGUUCAAGGGGGAAGAAGCAUAAAGGAAGUAGCAAGGAGAGAAAUGAUGGUGGAGAGAGAGACUAUGAUAGAAGACGGGUGUCAAAGGACAAGAGACAUGGUUGGUCUCGCUCAAAAUCGUCUUCAAAAUCACGUUCCAGAUCCAGAUCUAGAUCAAAGGACCAUAAGCGUCGGUCUUGCUCAAAAUCACGGUCAAAGUCACGAUCCAGAUCCAGGGAAAGAAGGAAAGACCACACACAACUGGAACAAUCGUCUCUCUCCUCCAGAUGCAAUGUGGAGUCACGGUCAAAAGACAAGAGGAGACGCAGGUCCAGAUCCAGCUCCAGAGAGAAAAGGAAAGAAGUAGGAUCAUCAUCCAAGACCUCUCAGAAAAUUUCAGGGUCCUGUGUUUUGUCCUCUAAAGACACAAAACGGCUACAGGACAUUAAAAAAGAGAAGGAUAUCACUCGAAACUCCCUCAAAGAGGAAAAAGUUGCCACAGUGAAGAAACAGAAGACACCCUCCUGUACUGCCGCUUCUAAUGUUAGAAAGAAAGGCCAAGACGACCAGGCCACAACAAAAGAAAUGGCAGAAGAGAUGAAGGUCGAAAAAGAAAUUAAGAAAGAAAGUAAAACAUCUCUUGAUAUGUUUGAAGAUUCUUUUUUGUUUACCAAACCAAUUAAGAAAGAAGAAACUGACACGCAUGCUUCGAUGGUAACCAAAAGCAUAGAUCAGGAGUUAAACAAAGAAGACCCCGUCAAGACUGAGACGUGUGAAAUCAAGACUGAGACGUGUGAAAUCAAGACUGAGACGUGUGCAAUCAAGACUGAGACGUGUGAAAUCCCCGUAAUUAAAACUGAGCCAAGUUCCCCAGAAAUAUGCCACUUACACCCUGUCGCCUCGUUUUCUACACCGACCACGCCGGUUACAACAGUCGGGCACCAUGGUACAGUUUCUCAGUCUCACCCAGAGUCAGUGGCCUCCGGAAAACAACCAGACACUGUUGGGUUGACCGUUUCUGUGAAGCAGGAACCUCGGCAACCCUCAGACUCUGAUGAUGACUUUAAUGUUGACGUGAUGCUGGACAACCUGGACUUUGUGAAGUCUGAGCGCACAGAGGAAAGCGCCGCCUCUGUCAAACAAGAGGAGGAAGUAGAGGAGGGGAAGAAUGAACGAGUUUCGACUGUAAUGGGAGCUAAACCCAAGACUCAGGUGAAGAGGGUGACCUGGAAUAUACAGGAGCCCCAGGGGCCUCAACCAGAGAAAUCCGCAAGCAAGCUGUCUCUAUAUAAAUUGAAGCUAAAGCAGGAAGGAGCUCGCAGACCCCCUUCAACAGUCCGGACACCCAGUCAGGACUUCACUGGAGGUGAUCAGGUGGUUGGUCACCCCUCCAAGAGGGGUGCUGUUGGUCCUCUCAGUUCCUCCUCUACUUCUGAUGGUGUACAAGGAGAGGCGGAGGAAAGGCAUUUGUAUUUGAAGAAGCUGCACAUGCAGGAGAGAGCUAUAGAAGAGGUGAAGCUCGCCAUCAAGCCUUUCUACCAGAGGAGAGACAUCAACAAAGAUGAAUACAAAGAGAUUCUACGCAAAGCUGUCCAAAAGGUGUGCCACAGCAAGAGUGGGGAGAUAAACCCAGUGAAGGUGGGCAAUCUGGUCAAAGCAUACGUUGACAAAUACAAACACGCUAGGAAACACAAGAAAGGCGAGGACGUGGGGCAGGCACAGGAGGCUGAGGCCUUCAGGACCUCUGAUAGCCCAUGAAGAGGCGUGAAUUACAGGCAAGGACAGCAACACCCACUGCCGACACGCGUUCAUAUGUUUUACUUUGUGUUCUACCACCGGGUGUGAUCUCAAACUCUCUGACAAACCCAGUCCAGACGGUAUACUAGGAUUUGCUCAAAGCUCCAAGGUGCAGCUAGAAGGUUGUGCUUUCCAUCUUGACUGAAUUUUGACUACAAACUUGUGUUGAUCACUUGAACCGCACCUAUUGCUGUCUUGUGCUUGGACAGUCACUGUCGGUAAGUGGUCUCUUUGUGUAGUUGUGUAGCUCAGAAACUUUAUGGGAGACCUUGAGGUUGUGCCUUAAAGAGGCACAUCUCAAAGACCCUCCCAUGGUGAUAAAUCAGGUAGCCUCCUCCACAGACAUAUCACUGGGAGGAUGCAGCGUGGGCUUUGAAGUUCAUAUGGCUGUUUUGUUUUGUGGGACUGAAGGUGUAUGUAUCAGUGGCAGAACUCAUUUUGUUGGUUAAGAAAUUGUAUAAAAGUAUGCAGCCUAUGCAUAUAAAUAGGUUUGUCACAUUAAGGAACAACACUGUUAUGCAAUUUUUGUAGAACAUUUAUCAGAGUUAUUAAAUAAUUUUAGAUUUGGUUGUAAAUAAUAUAGACUUAUAUGUUUCCUUCGUCUGUGUUGUCUGUUGGGAAUGACGAAAAAAGGUUCUAGUAUAUAGAGUUUAUUGGUUUAUGUUUUGUAUUUGAAAGCUUCUGUUAUCUGUCUUCCACAGUUCUUAUAUCCAUCUCUAAUGAGCUACGUAUAGUCCAGCAAACUACACACAAGUUCUAGCUCAGCACUUUGAAAUGACUAAUGGAGUCACUACUAUCAAAAAACAGCCUCUUCUUUUUUGCAGCAGUAACUACUUUAGUUUUUUAUGAUCAAAACACGACUUUCAAUCUCAGCAUUAUUCAUUUUUCAACCCAUCACUGAAGUGUAGAAAACCAGGGAAUAAUUAGUUUUUUUUUUGUGCUGAACUAUUAAAAAAUAAAAAAAAUAAAAGAAACACAAUUUCCCUCAAUAAAAGAGAUUACAUUUGUUUUUGGGGCGAUCUGUUGUUGUUUUUUCUUAAAUGGAGACCACUGCUCCACAGUAGUGAAAAGAAUAGGAGUGAAAAGGCUUAAAGUUCAGACUUCAUGUCUCGGUGGCUGAGUGGCAGUCCCAAUUAUCUUUAAAAAUUGUCCAUUUUUAUAAUUUGUCACUGUCUUCACCUGGUGCUCUCAUGUCUGCAAACAUUUUAACUACCAGGUUGUUUUUAUAUUUAAUGUAAAGUAUUAAGCUAUGUUUUGGGCAUAAUAUGAUGGUUUUGUAAGAUGGAUAUAUAACCCAGUUUAAAAAAAACAAUCUCACAGCAAUUUCCAAGGUAGGUAUAAUAGAAGUAAACAAAUACUUCAGUACUACAGUACAACAUAAAAAGAAUCAUUUGUGUUCACCCCGAGGUUUCUGCAGUACUUAAUUAUGAAUGUUUUUGUCAUUGUGUCUUAAACCUGACCCUUCGUCUUCAUAUCCUUUACUCCUCCGCUGUCCUGUCUUCACCAGAACUCUUUAUGAAAAACUAAUUCUGCGUGUGCAUCAUUUUGCUGUCUACAGUAGUUUGCCAACUGUAAAAAACGGAUUAGGUGGGUGGUUGGACUUGCCUUGUAUUGUGUUGUCCCGUUUAAUUUGGCUUUGUAAAGCCCGGGACUAGAAGUGGGAGAAUCUACAGAAACAGGUGCUCAUGUUUAUCUGAAUGUAUUUUACUUUUUUUCUGCAUUUAAUUGAUGAGACAGACCAUGUGUUUUCUAAAAAGUGAACACGAAUGAUAAUAGGGUUUCAUCUCA